CUCCUUCUCUCACUCUUUAUCUCUCCUAAAUUUGUCUAUAUGUUCUUCUUCUCUAUCACAUGGGUCUCUCGUUGUCACGCCGUCCUCUCUGUUCUCUAACCUAAAAGAUUCAAUAAAGUUUCAUUCUUAUUUUAUUAUUAAUAAAUCUCUUAAUCUUUCUGGGGUUUUCUUGGUGGAAAAUUGCUCAAUUUUUUUGGUAGUAGUAAUAAUGGCGGGAAAAUUGAAUGAAGAUACCCAAUUUGUAUUGGAAGAUGAACAUGAUCUAGAAGAUAAUAGUCUUGUACUCAGUUGUAGCAGUGAUGAUGACAAUCAUGAUGAUAAUUAUAAUGUUGACGAUGAUGAUGACAGUGCGGCUUUUACCUCUCAAACCUGGCCUCAGAGUUUCAGAGAGACAACAGACUCGUAUACCCUUGCUGCGUCCCCAGGCUUUGCAUUGCUUGGUCGCUCUCCUAGCAUGCGCAGCAGAAGUAGCGUAGAUAUUGAUGAAAAUAAGAGUCCCUUGCUACCAGAAUAUGGGAGCAGGUACCAGAAAGAAGACUAUGACAAGUUAUCGAAAAUGUCAUCAAGGACAUCUGCUUUAGGCUCCUUGCACGAACAUCUUGCUGGAGAGCUACCAAUUGGUCAAGGAUGCACUUUCACUCAAACUGUAUUUAACGGAGUAAAUGUUAUGGCUGGAGUUGGGCUUCUAUCUACUUCCUAUACAAUAAAAGAAGCUGGCUGGUUGAGCCUGGUAUUCUUAUUCCUCUUUGCUAUAGUAUGUUGUUAUACAGCCUCCCUAAUGAGAUAUUGCUUCGAAAGUAGAGCAGGGAUUAUAACUUAUCCAGACAUUGGCGAAGCUGCGUUUGGGAAAUAUGGACGUUUGUUCCUGUCGAUUGCGUUGUAUGUGGAGCUAUAUUCAUAUUGUGUAGAAUUCUUAAUUUUAGAGGGAGACAAUCUUACCAGGCUAUUCCCUGGGACGGCCUUAAGUUGGGGUGGUUUUUACCUCGACUCAACACAUUUAUUUGCAUUGCUCACUGCCCUUAUUGUUCUACCAACGGUGUGGUUGAAGAAUUUACGUGUAAUUUCUUACCUUUCAGCUGGUGGGGUAAUCGCAACAGUGAUGAUUGUUUUUUGUGUUCUGUAUCUUGGAACGGUGGAUGGACUUGGGUUUCAUCACACAGGGAAAUUUGUGAACUGGAGUGGCAUGCCCUUUGCUAUUGGUGUGUAUGGAUUCUGCUACUCAGGUCAUUCAGUUUUCCCCAAUAUCUAUCAAUCAAUGGCGGACAAGAAAAGAUUUACAGCGGCACUGAUAAUCAGUUUUUCUUUGUGUGUUUUGAUAUAUGGAAGUGUUGCAGUCAUGGGAUAUCUCAUUUUUGGCGAGGGCACACUGUCCCAAAUCACUCUAAACAUGCCAAAGGACUCUAUUGCUUCUAAUGUUGCACUUUGGACUACGGUGAUUAACCCAUUUACAAAAUAUGCAUUAUUGUUGAACCCACUAGCUCGAGGGAUAGAGGAGUUGUUACCUGCCCAAAUUGCUCGUAGCAACUGGUGUUUCUUCGUUCUGAGGACAAGUCUUGUUAUUUCCACACUUUGUGUCGCUUUCACGGUUCCAUUUUUUGGUCUUCUAAUGGCUUUAAUCGGUUCACUUCUGAGCAUUCUUGUGGCUGUGAUCUUUCCAGCUUUAUGCUUCUUGAAAAUAAUGGAAAAGAAGGCGACAAAGAUGCAGGUGAUAGUAAGCACUACCAUUGUUGUGUUGGGAGUUAUUGGUGCAGCUUUGGGGACAUAUUCUUCAGCAAGACAGAUUAUUGAGAGUUACUAAGUUAUUGAUAAUUUGAUGUUGACUACGAUUUCGACUGGGCAGACAGCUUUGCUUUUAAAUGCUUUUAAAAUCUCUAGCUGCUCGCAAAAGAUAUAUGUAUAGUACAUAAAUAAACUCAGAAAAUCCGCUCUAGAGUCUGUCACUUAUUGGGGUAAGGUUGCGUAUUGUGGAUCCUCCUGCACGUGCCCGUGUUGAUGGAGUUUUGGUGGUGGUGGUGGUGGUGGUGGUGGUUAGUUUUGUUACAUAAAUAUUUGGUGGUGGUGGUUAGUUUUGUUACAUAAACAUAUUAAUUUUUUCGGAAAUUUCAUGAAAUGCCCUCGAGUUUUGCCAUAAUUCACCAAACGCCCAUCAAGUUUCAAUAAUUCAUAAAAUACCCCUCGCAAUUCGUACAAAUAC